GCAUAUAAAUAGCUGAAGCUUUGAAAUUGAUUCAUUCAGGCGGCAAACUAAUAUUCGAAAGGUAUAUCGAGAUCAAAAUGUCUAUUUCUCCGUAUUUCUUCGACUACGAUCUAGGAUGGCCACGACGGCUGUAUGAUCAAAACUUUGGCCUAGCUCUAACACCACACGAUCUCUUCAAUGCAACUGCCAGUCCUGUCAUACCACGAUACAAUUUUUGGUGGCCGAAAGACAGCGGUUCCUCGAUCAAAUUCGAUAAAGACAAAUGGCAAAUCAGCGUUGAUGUGCAGCACUUCGCACCAGACGAGAUCACUGUGAAGAUUGCGAAUGGCGACAUAGUAGUUGAAGGCAAACACGAAGAGAAACAAGACGAGCACGGCUUUAUAUCCAGGCAGUUUGUUAGGCGUUUCAAAAUACCAGAAGACACUAAUUCAGAUGCUAUAGAGUCCAGGCUAUCUUCUGACGGUGUUCUGACAGUUCUCGCCUCACGUAUGGAUACGCCCAAAGGUGAGAGAAAUGUACCAAUAACACACACAGGACCGGUCCGGAAGGAUAUGAAAAAUGAAACGAGCGAGGAAAAGCCUGACAAGUAAAAAUGUUUUAUAAUAAUGAUUAUUUUUUGUAAUACUUCGACUGAUUAACUAGAUUGUGCCCGAGAUACAUUUGUAUUAUUUUUGAAUGAAUAAAUUUUUAUGAGGUAUGUAAAAAAAAAA